GGAGUGUUUAUACCCGUCGCCAUUUCAGGCGACAUAGUGUGUAGCAUUCUCUUUGAGCUCCAAAGAACUGAGGACGAAGGAAAAACAACGCAUAUAUGUUCAACAAUAUACGUUGAAGUCGCCGAGUUUUAAUAAUUUUAAACUUUGAGUUCUUGUUUUUGCUGCAGCUUUUUUGAUCAGCGAACGGACCCGAGAGCAGGAGAAAAGUCCCUGAAGAUAAAGACUGAAAAAAUGAUUGUGGGUGGGAUUAAUGGGGCAUGGGAUCAGGUUCUGAGCCUAAUGUAGGAGUGAAACUCUGCCCCCUGCCAGUCAUUUUAGUAGCUACAGCUGAAGGUAACCCUAAGCACGGUUACUGAACCAUAACUAUUGAAUUGCCCUUCAGCCACUGGUCACCCAAAGCACAGUCCCUUUCCUCCUACCUGAAGAGAUUCCUGAACAUAUGUCAGUUUAUCUCACAUGGGGAGCAGUUUCAAAUCAUUGUCCACACAUCAAAGUACAUUGUGCUUAUAUGUGAUUAAUCAGAGGUCAAAUCAAGUGUGUCAAAUCACUUCCAUUUCUGCCUACUUUCUCCUAAGCCAGUUUGCAGUUUAAAUCCAUUUCCUCUCAUUUUGUGAACAAGCUAUUCUUGAAGCAUUUAGGUUCUGCUUCUUAUAUUGGGCUCAGAACCGGGAUUACUUCACAAACCGCCAUCAAAUGGGGAAAGUUGAACAAUAACCUUUUGUAGUGUGACUGAGGUCUGUUCUUUGUCACCUCAGUAAGUCUCUUGGGGGCAGUGCUGCGUUCUGUGACGUUAAGCGGAGCCUGCUGGGAUUUGUAGUUUCCCUGAGAGGGAGGCAGAGACUCCUGCUCGCACACACUGGUCCAACCACAGUGAGAAAGUACAUUCAGACGACCAGCCCGCAAUACAGGCACUAUGGACCGAUCCCCCACCACCAGCAGCCUCAUGGCCAGCAACGUGACCAACAAGACAGACCCGCGCUCGCUCAACUCCCGCGUGUUCAUUGGCAAUCUGAACACACUGCUGGUGACCAAGGCUGACGUGGAGGCCAUCUUCAGCAAGUACGGCAAGAUCGUGGGUUGCUCUGUGCACAAGGGCUUCGCCUUCGUGCAGUAUGCCAAUGAGCGGAACGCUCGCGCUGCCGUGGCCGGCGAGGACGGCCGCAUGAUCGUGGGUCAGGUGCUCGACAUCAACCUGGCCGGCGAGCCCAAGCCUCACAGGGCAAAGGCUACUAAACGCUCCGCGGGAGACAUGUACAGCAGUUCCUCUUUUGACCUGGAUUAUGACUUUCAGAGGGAUUACUACGACCGGAUGUACUCGUACCCCUCCCGUGUACCACCACCUCCCCCUCCCCUCUCCCGGGCUGUGAUUCCCUCGAAGCGACCACGGGUCAGUGUCAGUGGAGGGGGCAGCCGGCGCACCAAGACCAGCUUCUCGUCCUCUAAGAGCAGUCAGCGCACCUCGUCUUCCUCCUACUCUCGCGCUAUGAAAGUAGAUGACUUGCAGACCAUCAAGAAGGAGUUGACCCAAAUCAAGCACAAGGUGGAUUACCUGUUGGAAAGCCUGGAUCGAAUGGAAAAGGACCAUGCAAAGAAGUCAGACGGCAAGAGCGUGAAGUCAGAAAGCGGGGAGACAUCUUCGCUGCAGCACUCCAGCAGCUCGGGCAGCAAGAAGGAGGAGUGCGUGAAGAGGGAGCGGGAGAGAGAGAGCCAGGAGCUGAACGACUCUGAGGAAGAGGGAGACCUGCUUGAAGAGGAGGAGGAGGUGAAGAGCCGAGGAAGGGCAGAAGACAAUGAGGAUGAUGAAGAGGAGGAAGGAGAGCAGGAGGAGGGAGAGGAUGAUGGGGACAGUGUAAAUGGGGAUGAUGACUCGUAGAGAGAGAUCAAGCAAACAUUUAUGUACAGGCUAUACACACAUAGGCCCAGAUACCUUCACAGACUUUAGAGGUAUUUCAUAGGUGCACAUUUUCUCAGAGGCAGAACAUUUUUCUAAGUUGUGAGGUCAAACAUGUAAACAGACUCAAUGCGGCCAUGUGGAGACCUCUACUGGCAACAGGUGACAUUGCAUUUUGUUAUCCUCCUUUGUCCCAUCAAUUUGUCUGCAUCUUAAGUCUGAGGCUAUGAUAUGUAACAAUUCACCUGUGUCCUGUACCACUUUUAACCUGGUUGUAUAAUAGAGUAGGUUGUGAAUAAGAUGGGCGUUCAUGGAGCUGCUGCGGUGUUUUCUUGACCAACCGUUUGGCUUUUUGUUUUGAGAUUUAAUGUGAUAGUAUUCAAUAUUCAUUUUUUUAAAGGUUUAAAUGUUUGUUAAAUGAGAUUAAUAGAAGUGUAUUUUUGAAAAAGACUGUGUGAAUGUGUUAAAUGUCUCUUAAGUACCCAUAAUUUCACUUCAUGUCUUUUGUUUUUUUUGGUUUUUUUUUUGUCAACUGUCUCAACUGUCAAAUUAAAAUAAAAUGAAAUAAAUGUGA